GUAUUUAAUCGAUGUAUGCCUCUAACUGUAAACACCACUAUCACCGCGACUAGAACACGUCUACUCACAUCGACAGCUAUAUGUGAACUUUCCGACUAAGAAUGAUGUUAUUUAUUUUACAUUUGUUUGUUCAUUUUCAUUCGUAAUUAACGUAUAUCGUCAAUUAAGAAUAGGAAGUGUAAUGCAAUGUUCUAGGAACACUCUUCUUCUAGCGGCCCGAGGGUUUGCGGCAAGUGCAAUUCCAAUUUUUUGACGCCUUGAAGGAGCCAUAUUUUCACGCGAUAGGAAAAAGCACCGAUCUAGUGCUUACACUAGUGGAUAUACCCAAUUUCUGUGCAGGCUGUACCUUGCAGAUUGCGGUGUGAGUGUGCCGGUUUAAAAUAAUCAAAUUGUGUCCAUUUUAUUUCACAAAUUACGGGUUGUCCCUGUUGGUAACCAAUUAUUUCAAUAGGCUUAGAAUUUUGCGUAUAGUUCGAAUACGUAAUAAAAUAACAGUACGACAUUGUAUUAAAACAAUGUCUGGUCUGUUGUUUUAAUACUUUUAACUUAACUUCAAAUUAGAUAGAAACACAGGGUGGUCGAAGUUCAAUCAGUAACCCUGUACACAUGUUUUUCGCAAAUAGAGCUUUAAGGCUAUUGUCCCAAGAGCUGAUUGAUAAAUUCGACAUUAAGGACUGCACAAUAUUAGCUGCAGAUAUCUGUCAAAACACCACGUUGAAAUUCGAAAAUGGCACAGUAAAAGUUCCCAGAUUUAAAUACAAAUGCUACGUUUGUUCUACCAGGUUCUUUACUAGUGUUGAUCUCGAUACACACCGUGCCACUUACAAGAACAAAUACUGUAAAUACAUAGCAAAACUUCGAGGUGAUGGCGAGGAAAAGAAGAAACGACGUACACGAACUGUGAAGAAACCAAAGCAAGUUGCUGUUACGGAAACUGUGGAUUAUAUUAAGGAUUCUUCUGAAGACGGCAACGUUUUUUCCUGCAAGCAUUGUUGGAAGGUGUUUUUAACUAAAUGUUCUUUGCAACAUCAUAUAAAUUGGCAUUACCAGAAUUCUGAAAUCGACAAAGGCGCAGUGAAAACAUUCUAUGAAGACUACGCCUUGCUUCGUCCUGAUGUUGAUCCAUUUUUGACUCCGACAACUGAUAACCCAAAAGAGCCAGUUGCUGGAUCAAGCAAUAAUAAUACUGAUUUUGAAGUAAAUAAGAAUCUGAGCUUACACUGUGAUAAUAAUUCACAACCAGUGAAAGUGCCUGUACAGAACUGGGAACAAUCCUCGACUGCCUCAACUUUGGAGAAAUCUGUUUGCAUUAAGCAGCCGCCAAAUUUGUAUAUAAAUAGAGAGCACUUCCGUUGCUCCAAAUGCGAUAAUUUGUUUCUGUCUUUUGAUACGUUCAACCAACAUAUUCUAAAAAAUAAAUGUGCAAUCAUAGGCAAAUGCUGGUUAUGCAGAGCACGGUUUGUUCGUAACCAGCAAAUUCAUGACCAUUUUAUCUACAAACAUGCUAGGAAUCGGUGUAUUUGUAAUUUUUGUUUCAAAACGUUUGUCAGCUUUGAAAAUCGACAAAAACACAUCAUGAAGAAGCAUAAUUAUUUUUGAUACCGUUCUGUUGUUAGCUUAAGAGCGAGCUUACAGAGAGGCAGUACUUUCGUGCUAAGUUGCUAUUUAACUUGACGUGUGAUAUGAAACUCAAACUCCGCUGUGCAAUUUCGCUCUUAAGAUUUUUCUUUUUGUUUGAAGGCGUGAUAUUGUUACUGCUAAAAUUAUUAGCGUUAUAUCAGCUGUUUUAAAGGUUUUAAAAUGGUAAACGGUUACUUAUCUCGUUAACGUGUCUUAAUAAUUUUAUAUUGACUUGUUUCGGUUUUAGCAUUUAAUUUUGUUGGGUUUUAAGCCAUUUGUGUUACAAGUUUUAGAAUAGAAUAGAAUGCGUUUGUACAUUAAUUUAUAAUGUAUUUCACCAUGUGUAUGUUUUAUUAUAUCUAAGUAUAUUUUAAAAUUCGUUGCGAAAAAUAUUAACAAUUUCGAACUUUAGAGACUCAUAUUGAAAGGUAUGAUCUCCUCUAGAGCAUACAUUCUUAAUGCUUGAUUUUUAGAAAACUUUCUGAAACGUCUCCUGAACCUUCACAAAAAAACUUUUAUGCAUUUCAGAUCGUUAAUUCAUCACAAGCUACAAUAAUAAAUAAAUGAAAAUAACAAGUAAUAUUGUUUGAAAUGUGCAAGUCAAAUUCAUGGAUUGAUGCCCUCCGGUAUUUUGAUUUCGCAACGAACUUUGAGGUAUUUUCAGAUUGGACCUGUAGUGGACCUUAGUGGAUAUUAUUAUUAUUAGUGAUAGUAUUGUGAUACUUCUAUCUUAUGCAGAGUGGUAGUCACCUCAUGUGACAAAAUACAGUGAUAGAUUGUUUACUUAUACCGAGUGGUCCUCAACUAAUGUGUCAAUAGUCCCUGACAUGUUUUCGCAAAUAUAUUGCAUUUCAGGCAAAUGCGUCUUAUCCGAAAGUUAAUAAUUUCCGAAGUACAGGGUGUCAAAGCGUAUAUAAAAUUUUCGUUUUUUUUUAAUAUAUUCUUAACCAAUAUAACUAGUUUGCCAUCCGUACCUCGGAAACUAUUAACUUUCGGAUAAGACGCAUUUGCCUGAAAUGCAAUAUAUUUGCGAAAACAUGUCAGGGACUAUUGACACAUUAGUUGAGGACCACUCGGUAUAAGUAAGUGGCUUUGAAUAAUCCGAUCAUGCAACACGAAGAGAGAUGUGCUUGAAUAUGGAACUAUAUUGUAUUCAUAUUAUCUCAUACAAAACAGAUUUAUGCAGACUAUAAAUAUAUUAUAUUUUUUGAAAAUAUCCCCAAAAAAGUUGUUUUUGGUAUAACUUUCUGUAUGUUCUUGUUGAUAAUAAAAUUUAAUAAAAAU